ACCUGAGCCAGCUGACCUGAGCCAACUGACCUGACCUGAGCCAGCUGACCUGAGCCAACUGACCUGAGCCAGCUGAACAUGGACUCGGUCCCCCCCUUUUUCAACCAAGACAGUUUAAUCACGUUUAUUUAUUUGUUUUUAUGUCAAUAAUGUUGUUGAUAUUUACUGUGAACCAAUCCUUCAUCUUGACGUAUUGUUUGCCAAUUGAGAAACAGGAAGUGAUGUCAUGGAACGCAGGAAGGAAACAGGAAACUGUCUGGAACAAAGUGAUAAUGAGAAUAUUCCAUCAUGAAAACGGCUGUGGCGUAGAAUUUGUGUUUUAAUUAACUUUUUAAACUGAGGUACAAUGUUUGUAUUGGGCUGUCUGAUUAGAGUCGGCCAUUCUGGUAAGAGAAAGGAUAAUCCUUUGGAGCCUUUAAAUGUCAACUUCAACGAGGUUCCACACAGUCCACCCAUGGCCCUGAAACAGAAACUCAGUUGCUGGCUAAGUUCAAUAACCAUCACGUAGAAGUCGACCACCACAAACAUGUAUUCACAUUGAGACCUUCAUGUUUUGUAUGUACUGUGUAUAUUGCAGGUUGUCAUUGGUGGGAAGCACACAUCCAUUACUGUGGUUUGAUCAUCCAAAUAUCUCAGUUUCUGAGUCAUGUCCUUAAUGGUAUUUCAGUUUCUUUGGAACUUCAAACUUUUGUAAUGCAUUAUUGUAUUGAUAUUGUGUGGAUAACUCUUAACCUGCGUACUUGAAAACAAUGCCUGGAUCAAGAUGUAUUGUGUGGUGAUCUGAGUCAGACCUGUUCAGUCCACCCUGAACUGCUCUCUGUCUGAGGCCCCCACAGCUCAGGAUCCUCUCUGUGACGUGGCCUCUGCAGGUCCGCUGUGACUGGAAGUUAUCCAGCUUGUAUAUAUGUGAAUAUUACGUGUGAUGAUUCCGUCGGGUAUUUUUCCGCGGCUGGUUUUGGAACGCAAAGUGGCGGGGACAGGAUGAGAAUGUCUGUUCUCGUCGCCUCGACGGUUCUGUUGAAGAGGUGAUAGACACGCCGCACAAACAGUUUGGGCACAUGUUCCCCCCCCCGCAGAGCUUCGGAUCUAACGACGGUGACAUUAAGUUUGAGCGUGUUAUGGUUUUUAUUCCUCCACUGAUUUUCAUGUGAUGACCUCAGAGUGCUUUGUUAAAUCAUGUUAAAUGGACCCCUGGCUCCAAGGGUUGGCUUGGUGAAGAAGCGUGUGAGAGUCAUGUCGUUUGCGUAAGGAAGACUUCAGGUUCUGUCUGCUGUGUCCUGCUAAAUGAACCAUGCCAUCUCUCUCUCUCUCCCUCUCUCUCUCCCUCUCUCUCUCCCUCGCUCUCUCUCUUUCUCUUUUCAGAUGUAUUUUCAUGCUGGAUUAAAUAUUUUAAACGUUUUUCAUGUGUGAGUUUGAGAGGUUGUUUCUCUGGGUCGUCCUGGACUACAGCCAGCUGCCUUGUGAGCGUUAAACCUCCUGCCCUAACACCCUAUAAAUCCUCAACUAAAAUAACCUGCCUGUUUUACCCCCUCAUACCUCUUGCCCCAGCUCUCUUACACCAGCUGCCCUCCCCCACAACAAGUCCCCUACUCUUUUCCGAUAACUGUAGAUUUGCCCCAGCAGAACUGGCCUACCCCUCCAGUGACUGCAGCUCUGCCCCAGCAGAACUGGCCUACCCCUCCAGUGACUGCAGCUCUGCCCCAGCAGAACUGGCCUACCCCUCCAGUGACUGCAGCUCUGCCCCAGCAGAACUGGCCUACCCCUCCAGUGACUGCAGCUCUGCCCCAGCAGAACUGGCCUACCCCUCCAGUGACUGCAGCUCUGCCCCAGCAGAACUGGCCUACCCCUCCAGUGACUGCAGCUCUGCCCCAGCAGAACUGGCCUACCCCUCCAGUGACUGCAGCUCUGCCCCAGCAGAACUGGCCUACCCCUCCAGUGACUGCAGCUCUGCCCCAGCAGAACUGCCCCUGCCUGCCCCCCUCCUCCCUAUACCUACUGCCCAGCAUGUCCCAUAGCUGCUGCACUGUGGUGACCGUGUUUCACUGGCAUCCACAGUCUGUUUAGCAGUCACACUGGACUGCUGUUUGGAUGGCCAAACAUACCCCUGGAAACCCCUCUUAGCCUUGUCCUCAGACACCCUCUAUUUCUCCUCCCUGCCCUGUCCUAUGCUUACAUGACAAUCAUGUUAAUGUAAAUACUGUCUGAUGCAGUCAUCCACCUGAGAUGAACGGCUAGAUGUGUGCGUUUUCCAAACAAUUCAUAUUGUACUUGCAGUGAUCUGUUUGACUGACGAUAGGUAAGGCUUUUCAAUAGUUUGUGCGUGUCAGUGCCUUUAUAUCUUUCUCUCUCCCUCCCUCUCCCCCUCUCUCUCUCCCUUCCUCUCCCUCUCCCUCUCCCUCUCUCUCUCUCUCUCUUAGUUGGCACAUAGACGCAGUAUGCACACUAUGUACUCAGCAUGCCAAGUUGGGCCAGGCACUGCAUUGCAGCGCUGUGCAUUUGGCCAAGUCAUGGCACACAGACAGAUAGGCGGGCAGAGCAGGAGAAGCAGGCAGACCGUCCCAGAACCAUAGUUCAGCUACUGUACAUGUUAGCUCCAGCACACCCAGCCUGGGCAGCAGUUUCCCUUCCUGUGUGUCUGCUGGUUAGCACAGCCUCAGUAACAUUCAACCUUGGAAUGUGUUCCUGUACCGGCAAAAGAGACGAUGCAUUGAUUGUGCUCAGAACCUCACCCUCCUCUUCUGUUCUGCCUCGCAUGGAUACGGAGAGGACGACUGGAGCGCUGCGGCUGCCUGUCUGCCGGGAUACCCCUGCUCCUGGUCCUACCCUCAGGUGUUAACCUGUGAGAGGCUAAUCCAGGUAGCCUGAUCCUAUUACUGACCGGAGGCUCCACUUUAGGCUAGCUCAAGUAGCCUGUUCCUCCAAGAUACGUUAAACUAUCCUAGGUACUCAGUCAUUCUCCUACUCACAGGUAUCCUGUACCUGUCUCUUAGCUCUUUGGUAGGUUAGGUUAGCUUAUGUAGCCUAUUGAUGUCUCGCCAAACAAAGCUAGGUUGAACUAGCUCAGGUAUCUAGUUACUGCCUCUAAGCUAGCCUGGCCCUACCUCCCUGGCUAGGCUAGUCUACAUAGCCUGGUCUUGUCUUUCCCUAAGAGGCAACGCUAAGCUAACCCACGUAGCUGGACUUGUCCCUCUGUGCUAAGCUCUGCAAGCCCAGGAAGUUUCAUGAUGUCCCAACUUCUCCACAUGGAGAUCCCAAACUUCGGCAGCUCGGUGUUGGGCAGCCUGAACGAGCAGCGUCUGCUGGGCCAAUACUGCGACGUGGCGAUCCUGGUCAACGGUCAGGCCUUUAAGGCCCACCGCGCCGUGCUAGCUGCUAGCAGUCUCUACUUUAGGGACCUGUUUAGCAGCAACUCCCAGAGCCUGUUCGAGCUUCCCUCCUCCGUCACUCCCGCCUGCUUCCAGCAGAUCCUGUCCUUCUGCUACACGGGCCGCCUGAGCAUGGCCCCCUGCGAGCAGCUGGUCCUCAUGUACACAGCCGGGUACCUGCAGAUCCAGAACAUUGUGGAGAGAGGCAUGGAGCUGAUGCUGAAGACCAGCUCCCCGCACUGUGACUCCCAGACCACCAGCGCAGACGACCUGGGGCUGGACGCUCAGCCCUGCAGCCCCAGCCACCGGUCCUCGGGCCUGGGUUCGGCCGAGGCUCUGCUGGCCUGUGGGCGGAUCAAGCAGGAGAGGUGUGACACUCCGCCGGAGGGGGAGCAGAAGGAGCCCGGGGCGGAGGGCGGAGGAAGUCAGAGGGCGGAAUCCCGAGGGUCAGAGGUUAACGCCACCCGAAGCAGUGCCCUGUGUUACAGCGGGGUGGUGCCUGGGCUGCAGGCCUACCCUGCGGCCAACGGGGAGCGCUCUAGUCCUGGAGGUUCCAGCCUGCCAGCCACAGACAGCCCUAGCUCCCACCCCCUAGAAGAAGAGUUUGAGGAGGACUUUUAUGGAAGCAGCACGCCUGGAAUCUUUGGCCAGAUCUACGGACAUCCUCCCAACCCAUACAGCAUGCAAGAGAAGGUGGAAAUGCUCUCCCUUCCAUUGGCCACAGAGAGGCGCCCCUGCGUGCUGAUUGGACGAGAUACGAUGGCUCUUCCUGCCAGUCUGAUCAGCCAGAUUGGAUAUCGGUGCCACCCCACCCUCUACACCGAGGGAGACCCUGGAGAGAAGGUGGAGCUGGUUGGAGGUUCUGGUGUGUAUAUGACAAGAGGUCAACUGAUGAACUGUCACCUGUGCGCAGGCAUCAAACAUAAAGUCCUGCUUAGAAGACUUUUGGCUACCUUCUUUGACAGAAACACAUUGGCCAAUAGCUGCGGGACUGGGAUUCGCUCAUCGACCAAUGAUCCGAGCCGUAAACCUCUGGACAACCGAGUCUUAAACACAGUCAAACUGUACUGCCAGAACUUUGCGCCCAACUUCAAGGAGAGUGAGAUGAACGUGAUUGCGGCAGACAUGUGCACCAACGCGAGGCGCGUCAGGAAACGCUGGCUGCCCAAGAUCCAAUCCCUCCUCCCCGACAAGAUCCACCGGAGGGGCCAGACCAAGAGCGGAGGGACCUUGGCCCCGUCCCCGGCCCAGACCAACGCCAUCUCAGUCCUGGACCUGGACCCCCGGCACCUGAGUCAGGCCUACCUCCCCCUUGACGCCCACCUGUACGCAGAGCGCAGGGAGGCCCUCCUGCCGCACCUGCAGUUCCUGAGCUCCCGGGGGGCACAUGAGGGGGCCGACCCGGAGAGAGAAAGGGUCGGGCAGGCAGGCAACGGGACUGAAGCCCUUCUUGCAGAGGCUCUCCCGGCCAGUUCCCCCAGUCCACAACGAGGCUCCUCCCCCCAACUCACAGAACAGCAGGAAGGGGAGGAGACAGGGGAGGAGACAAUGGAGGAGCCACAGGAGGACAGCCAAUAAGAUCUGAGACUCUGCUUCCGCUGCAGACAUCUAUAUGUACAUAUAGGUGCACAGUAUAUAUAUAUAUAUAUAAAAUAUGUAUGUGUCUGUUUGUUUGGCAACUGUGAUGCAUGCAAGAUCCAGCUUUGCAGUUCUGACUACGGGCGUGUAAAUAUAACUCAUAAAUAAAGGCUUCUUGAUAAUGCUAUGGCGACCAGUACUGUUCUAGAGUGCCCCCUGUGGGUCGGUCAGAAGUCAGAUGUACAUAUGUGGGCCCUGGACAGGCUGAAGGCUGGCUGAAGGCUCUCUACACUGACGAGUCAGAUCUCACGGACAAACGCAACUGCAUCCCUACAAAGCUACAUGGUUUAUGCUACUGUGCCAGGGACAGAAGAUGUUAUCUAAACACUCUCUAACUUAAUACUGUGUGACUGGGCUGAGAUUAAACAAAUGGGGGCAUUGCAGAAGUCUAUUAAUACACAAUAUGUUCAAACGAGGUCAUUCAGAUCUGGUGGUGCUGUAGGCGUGGACCAUGUCGUUUUAAGAAUACUGCUGUUGUACAUACUAUAGAAUGCUUUGUGCAGGAGAAUGUUUGUCUAAAACGGGGGUGUUUCUAAAAGCAGGAUUUGUCGAAGUUAUAACCAGAUAACUGACAAUUUGGUCUGCUUAAAGCUCUUGCUAUUCUUUGUUAUCAAUAAAG